UGUCGGAUCCAGCAUCCGGAUACCCUCCGACAGAGGGCGCGCUGGGCAUCCGACGAAGGCGAUGGGGGCGUGACCAAAUGAGAUAAAAGCGGGGGGUUCGUUAUCUCGGGGGGCUCUUUUUGGUUUGGAUUGCGAACAGAGACAAUAAACCUGGUAUGUGGUCUGUUUGAAUCUGCUUGUGUGCUGCUUGUUCUUUUGCGCGCGGAACGGACGGGUUGACGCCCCGAGGUUGUGGGAACUUAGGUUUCCACAACUGGCGCCCAACGUUUGGGGUUCGAGCCCGUCUGUUCCGUGGCGGGGAACACGCUGCACUGUUUGGUUGUACUAGUUUUUGUAUAGUUGAGUAGUUUGUUGUAGUUUGUAGUUUAUUGCUGUUGUUUCUUUGUGUGUGCGUUUUUCGUGUGUUUCUUUGAGUUUUUCAGCUCCCACCCGGUGGACGAGCCCUUGGAGCUGAUGGCUGACAAGGCGAAGGUGCCCACGCCGCAGUCAGACGCCAUUGCAACGGCAGAACUCCUGUCACGCAUGACGGAGUUGUGCUCGUUGGUGGUUCAACGCCUGGAUGCCGGGUUACACCGAUAAGAAGUCUGUUGCCGAUUUCCUGGAUGACCUCACCGCCUAUCAGACGGGUAUGGGAAUUUCGGAUGAAGUCCUAAUCCAACGCAUCCUGCAGGUUGCUUUGGUCGGAGACGCCGCCCGCUGGCUUCGGUUGCAAUCGGAGUUUACGUCCUUGCAGGACUUCCAGGAGCGGUUCAAAAACGAAUUUCUCCCCCCGGAUUACGAAUACCGUGUCCUAGAGGAAUUGCAUAAGCGUACUCAACAUCCUGAGGAAAGCUUAUCUGAAUUCGUUCGGGCAUUGCAGGAUCUGUACAGCAGAGCGGAUCCCACUGCAACGGAAGAGCAGCGCGUCGCACGGGCGAUCCGUCAGUGCCACCCGCGCUUCCGGCCCUACUUAAGAGCCCAUCGCUUUAAAACCAUUGAGGCGUUGGCCCAGGAAGCUCGUUCAAUACAAGGCGACCUCCUGGCAGAGCUUCAAUACCGGACCCCUCCGCCCCCGGAGCUAGCGUUGGAACCGCGCUGCGCGUGGUCGGGAGGAGCCGCCUCGGUCGAACGCCUGCAUGCAACAGGUUUGGGUGACAACCCCCGUAAUUCAGACAAUGCGGAGUCAUCCCACCGAGCCCUAGAUCCGUUCCUCUAUGACCAGAGGACGAUCCCCGCAGGAACGAGCCUUGACAGACCCGUCCCGCCCCGAAGUCGCGGUCAACCUGGCCUUUCAGCUAGCGAAACCCCACGGCAGCGGGAGCGGCAUCAUCCUGCGCCCCCGCAGCCACGAGCGCCCAACGGCUGUUGGAAUUGCGGCAGCCCUGACCAUUUUCGUCGGGAAUGCCCGCGACAAAGACCGAACACCCGUAAUGUGCCAUCGGGAAACGGUCGCAGCCGGCGUCCAUGAAUGCUCGCUCAACGACGUCGGCAAGUUGCGAAGAAAGCGAGCAGACGGUUACUAUCCGUGGCCUUGAUCAGUCAAAAACUAGCUUUGCAAGCGGUAAGAUAACGCAAAGAGAUGCUUUGGCUCCUCUUGCUUUUUCUGUCCGAGAUUACAUCGAGGAUAAGGAACCAAACAUCCCGUUCGAAUUUUGGGUAAAGAUUACAUCGCCCUUAUCGACACGGGAGCUACGCUUUCCCUUAUCGGGGAUAGUGUUUACGAGCAUUGCGUAUCGCGGCAUGUGUCCACAGAUGUCACUCUUCGUCUUGCUUCCAAUGACGCCGUUCCAGCACAGGCUGCAGUUGUGCUCUGGGUACGUUUGGAUGGGAGACGACGAAAGCUGCGCUUCGUGCACCUUCCUGGCCUGGCAGUUCCUGUUAUCCUGGGCAGAGACUUCAUCAUCCGGCAGAAGUUGGUGCUGGACCUGCCCAAUGGAGGAUACGUGUACCACGGGUCGUCGGGAUUUUUCCGCUUCGCCGCAGCACGGGAACACUGCACAGCACAGCAAGCUGUGGCAGCGUCCGUUGAAACGUCUGGGCUGCCGACUGUCUUGGGGUCAUUCCAUGGUCCUGAGGAGCAACGCCGUCAGCUUGAACAAGUACUGCGGCAGUUUGACGGAAUCUUUACCGGAAAACCGGGUAAGU